UCGGUCGGGUCUGAGCCUGAGGAGUCAAUGUCUGAGGAGGCUUCAAAAAAUUCGUGAUUGGUGUGGUGUAUCCGUUGAAACUUUUUUCCGCGUUGAUCUACGCGUGUGUUCCCUGAUCGAAUUUGAUUACGAGUGGCUCGCGUGUGUGUUCGCACCUCUUCACCAGACAACGACAGGUACGUCGUUCACAUCCACGUAUCUAGGCAGUCUUGGCUAGCGUUUCGUAUCUAUCGCCCCCGCGGAAAAAUGGUGUGCGUGAGUUCUACAUGCAAGCACGGUUAAUCGGAGAAGCUCGUCAAGAAAUAGGGGGAAUCAGGUGAGAAAUCAGGAGCACCCCGAGGUGUGUCUCGAAGAAGCGGGACCCGAUUGAGGCCAAAGAUUCAUGGACGAGUGGAAGGGAACGUCGUAGAAUUCGCGCUGAGAAGCACCAACGCGAUUUUCAAUUCCAUUAACCAGAUCAACUCCAGAAAGAGAAUAAUUCAAUUCCUCUUGGUCGGCAUUCUAUGCUUCUGCGUGAUCAGAGCUCUUGCAGAAGCGGCGACGUCGUCCCGAAGAAACCCAACCCAGGCUUGAGUGAGAAAGAGAUAGAACGGGUGGAUCGAGUAGAAAGAAAGAGUGGGAAGGGGGAGAAUCCGAGAGAGAGAGGAAUAGAGAGAGACUGCUGUAUAGUAGAGACGUGGUGCGCCUCCUGCUUGCCUUACGAACCGCUUCAAAAACGUUGACCCUGCUCCCUUCGCAGUGCACCCCUCCGCAGCCCGCUGUCCACAGGUUAUUAGGUAGCAAAACCGCGGAGGUGGCGUCAAACCUCCUGAGGAAGACCCCCGAGUGCUGUGAAACUUCCUGUAGCCACUCAAGUUUUACGCAAAAUUGAUCGGGAAAAGUGCUCUUUUGCCCACGGUCGGUUUUUCCUUCUUCCAGUGGCGCUACGGAGUAACGGAACACGGGGCGUACGCGCGAUGUGAAUAUCGUGCUGUCAUUGAUGUCCGAGGUGGUAACGAGAAGCAGAGAAUCUCCACGCGAACGUGCGUGCCAAGAAUAUUUGCUCGACGGGUAGUCGUGGCGACUGCGAAUCGGUGUCAGAAAGGAGUGACAGGCCGGAGAUUUAGUAGACCAAGUGCCUGGAAGAUCAGGCGAGAGGAGGAGGACAAGUCAGGAUGAGCGGGCGACCGAGGACCACCUCCUUCGCCGAAGGCAACAAGCCCCCUGCGAAUCCACCCCUGGGUGGCAUGAAAAUUAGCAGUGGUGCGAUGUACAAUGCAGGCAAGGAUGGCAGCAAGGUGACGACAGUGGUGGCGACUGCUGGAGCUGGAUCAGACCGUCCUCAGGAAGUCUCGUACACGGACACCAAGGUCAUCGGCAAUGGCAGCUUUGGAGUCGUCUACCAAGCGAAACUGUGCGAUACAGGGGAGAUGGUCGCUAUCAAGAAAGUUCUUCAGGAUAAACGUUUUAAAAACAGGGAGUUACAAAUAAUGCGGCGCCUAGAGCACUGCAACAUCGUGAAACUCAAGUAUUUCUUCUACUCUAGUGGUGAUAAGAAGGACGAGGUUUACCUCAAUCUAGUCCUGGAGUAUAUCCCUGAAACCGUGUACAAAGUUGCCCGACACUACAGCAAAAGCAAACAGACGAUACCAAUCAGUUUCAUUAAGCUGUAUAUGUAUCAACUAUUUCGUUCACUGGCGUACAUCCACUCACUGGGCAUCUGCCACAGAGACAUUAAACCCCAAAACUUGCUUCUGGAUCCAGAGACUGGAGUGCUUAAACUCUGUGAUUUCGGUUCAGCCAAGCUUCUGGUCAAAGGAGAACCCAAUGUGUCUUACAUUUGCAGUCGCUAUUAUCGCGCUCCUGAGCUCAUAUUUGGUGCUAUUGAUUACACUACAAAAAUCGACGUGUGGAGUGCAGGCUGCGUUUUAGCAGAACUCUUACUUGGACAGCCGAUUUUUCCCGGUGACAGUGGUGUAGACCAACUCGUGGAAAUUAUCAAAGUACUUGGUACACCGACACGUGACCAGAUUCGUGAAAUGAAUCCUAAUUACACGGAAUUUAAGUUUCCGCAGAUAAAGUCUCACCCUUGGCAAAAGGUUUUCAGAGCACGCACCCCACCGGAAGCGAUGGAAUUGGUUGCUCGACUCCUGGAGUACACGCCAUCGUUACGAAUGACACCUCUUCAAGCCUGUGCGCAUUCCUUCUUCGACGAGCUGCGAGAUCCGGACACCCGAUUGCCCAGUACGCGGGAGCUUCCUCCACUUUUCAACUUUACCGAACACGAAUUAAGCAUUCAGAAGGAGCUAAACGCCAUCUUGAUACCCGCGCAUAUGCGGACUUCGGAAACCACUGGAAGUCAGUCCGAAGCCACGAGUGCUGCCGCAGGUGCUAGUGGUAAUUCUAGUGAUAACAACGUCAACACCAAUACACCUUCCAUCACACAAAAUACAGACCCCAGCCAAUCAACUAUGGCUUAAAUUUCUUUUCUAACGUUGCGUUGCAAGGAUGAUACACUUUAGUUUAUAAAAUCCCAAGAAGGCGAUGAAAACAUCGACCUUCUGAAGAGGAUGUCCCGAUGUAAAUUAAACUCAACGCCACUCCGCUGCGCCGCGUCGCGGUUGACCUUGAGCCCCGCCUGCACAUCUCAAAAUUCCUUCCAAUAGGCUAUCGCUUUCGUUUCGCACGCACGCCCAGCUCAACGUCAACUUGCGUGAUCGGUAGGUUUAAUUCAGUGUAUAUAUGAAAAGCUCAUUUGAAGUCUCCAACGGUAACGGCUAAGGCUAAAUAUGCGACACCUAUUCGAGAAUUGUGUAAUCUACUCCCUAUAAGUAGUUUGAUGCGUCGCUGAGAUUCAAAUCCACUCGCAAGACACUUCGCUCACAAAGACUGAACACUUGCGUUUUUUGCAUCAAAAUUCUACGAAAACAAAAUAAAUAAAACAAGACAUCCUCGCAUGCAAGAAUCGAAAGCAAUUUUUAUUCACUUGUACUGGAAAAGAUGAUCUUUCAACGUUGUCCAAAUACUUGAUUCAUACAUAGUCUGCAAGUUAUCGUCGAAACCUGACUGUUAAACAGCCACGCUCCAUCGUUCACGUUUCGUCGAUUCUAAUCACUGCACGCGCUCUCGCUACUGUAUCAAUUAUAUUACAGGAUGUCUACUCAUCUGGAAGACCUGAAAUUAUCGACGAAUUUUAAAUAAAAUUUUAGAAGAUUAAAUUUUCGUCAUUAUUUUAAUGGAAAGACUGUCUGAUUUGAAUGCUUUAAUCUUUAAAUUUAAAUACUUUUGGAACAGAGCUGAAACUGCAUUUCUCUUUUGGGAGCAAUGGCUACCAAAUUUGACUGGUUUAUUUUUGAGGCUUCAAAAUUCAAACUUGAGGUCUGGAUCCAUUUCAAAUAGUCAUAUGUUCUUUUUUAAAAAAAAUAGGCAACACGCAUUUUUUAUUUUUAAAAAAUUUCUAACAAGUAAUAAGUCUUUGUAGUUUGACGUUCGUAUUACAAAGAACAUUUUUUAAAAAGUAGCCUUGGAAAUAAUUAAGAUAUUCAAAUAUUAUUUCCAGAAUCCAGGUUUGAUAAACUCUCUUGGAAUCCUUCGAAAAAUGUGGGAAAAGUUCAAAAUGAAUAAAAUGGUGUCGACUUGUUUGAAAAUAUAAAAAGCUUAUUUUCAGAAUAACAAAAAUCCACCAGUUUUCUGUUGAACUUACCCUGUUAGUGAAAUCCAGAGCGAAUAAGCAAGACAUCCUGCGAGCUUAAGAUAAAACUUGUAAGUUUUAGCCAACAUUAAACUCGCAGGAUGUCUUCUUCAUAAUGGCACGAAUUCAACAAAAAAUUGACCGAAAGUAUAAGUGCAUUUUUUGUGAAAAUAAACUGUUACAUUUUUUUCUGGCGGAUUUCGAAAGAAGACGGCGCCCCUCAGCAGGAUCCACAAAGAAAAUUUUAAUUAUGUCGGAAACUAUAGAGGUUUAGAGACAAAAUUGAUCUUUUUUGUAAACAAAAAAAAAAAAACAAAAAAAGAAAAAAAAAAUUUCGUUGCCGACAGUGAUGAACCAGCCUACUUUGAAAUAGAUCCGAUCUGAAGAUUUGACCAGUUUUUAAAGAAUAUUUUCAGGUUUUUCCCGGCUUACACAGACAUCCCGUAAACCCUUUGGCCGUAAUUGUCACGUCGAUUAGUUAGAAUAUAACUUUUUGUAGAUUAGGCUUCCCAAAUUCUUUUCACCCAACGCGACGAACUUCUACUUGAAUUAGAGGAGUGAUUUACCUAUAAGCAAACUUCGAUACGCAAUCGUUUGGUAUACAGCGCAUGUAAAACUUUCAACGUUUCUGGUGUGAACAGCAGAUUCGAAGUAGGGAACGACUUUUGCAGAAACGGUGGACCUCGAAGAUUUGUGUGUUUAUAAUGCCUUAUCUUGUACAUAGACUACGGGUUUUUCCCCUUUGGAACCUCUUACUUGACUUGCAGACGUGAACAAUUGUCUUUUGUACAUUAGCCACUAGCUCCGCAGCCUUGAUAGCACCCAGUCUACAUAUCAUUUGGGGAAAAACAAAGGCGUAACUUAUUUAGUUCCUUUUCAGGGGAGGGGCGAGGAAAGUGCCAGAGUUUGCGAUAAAAGUUUAAAGAAUUACAAAAGAAAGCGAAGCAAACUGGAUUGAGCUCUAGAGGUGGAAAGACCUUAGGAUUCAUUUUAGAUUUUUAUCCAUGUUGAUAGAUUCAUUAAGAUUUUAACGAUUAAUUUUAUGGACACAGCCUUACUCAGGUUCUGCCUAAAUUAUUUAACCCUUCCCCCGAUCGCGUGGAACUUUGAAUCCUCUCAAAGCUUCGCUAUUAUAUUUUCUUCGGAAUGUCAUUUACUCCUGUUCUGUGGAUAUUUGAAAUUUAUUUCACACAUCGUUCGCGACAAUUCGGAUAUGUAAUUCAAAGCAGCUAGCGCGUCGUCUUAGUUACAGCAAAAUUUAAAUAACACUGAUUACUCGGAUUGUACGAGCGCUCUAUGACAUGAAAGUUCUUUCGAAUUUCAGGCAUUGAGAAUGAAUGAACUGAGAAGAGGUCUGAAAUCACGAAAAAAAUGAUUGAAACACGGCUCGAUUAUAGAAUGUUGAUUAUUAUUUAUCGUAAUUAUAUAAACUAUAAUAAAUAAAUUUACUUGAAUUAGUA